GAAUCUUCAAAUCCAAUUGAGCAGUGGGCUGGGCUAGACAGUGUGCUGGAGGAAGCCCAAAUAACUGCCUCAACGGCCACCUCCUUCCUCAGGAAUUGCUUGCUGCUUGCUGUAUAAAAAUGUAUACAUAUAGAGAGAGAGGGCUUUUUCCUUUUUGAUAUUGGUUGGUUCAUGAAAUUCAGCUCCUUAUCCCACCAAAAUAGCAUGGAAAUCAGGAGUGGCUGUUGAGAUAUUAACUCUCUCUCUUUCUCUAAAAUAGGAUCGUUUUCAACGAAUCAGCGCCGACCCCUUAUGAGCUGAUGUGCUCUCACCAUUUCACUUCUCAUCCUAAAACCCAUCAUCAUCAUCAUCAUCACUCUGCUCUUCUGAUUUCCUACUACCUUUGAGUCAAUUCAAUUUUCUCAAAUAACACUAAGUACCCGACAAUUUUAUGCAAAUUUAUAAGUGAUGGUGAAUUGGCUGAUAGAAGUACAAUGGUGUACCCAAACAAAGCUCAGGACCCACAAUUUCCACCUCUUCUGGCCAGACAAGGCUCACUGUGUAAUCUUACCUUCGAUGAGGCCCAAACCCAUCUGGGAAAUCAUGUAGGCAAACCUUUGAAUAAUAUGCUGUUGGAUGAGUUACUAAGGAAUAUCAUCUGCGUCGAAGAAGGCCAGUACUCUUCUUCCUCAUCCUCUGCUUCAUUCUUUCUUGGGAAUCUUAAUUUGAACGGAACUUUGAGUAAUAAGACGGUCGAUGAGGUGUGGAAGGACAUUGUGAAUGAGAUGGACAUCCAAAAAUCAACUCUCGGAGAAACUACCCUCGAGGAGUUUCUGGUUCGAGCCGGUGUUGUUAAUCCUCGGCCGAUGAUGGGGAUUGAUCCGAUGGCCGUCGUGGUGUCUCAGCAGGCAGAUUCGUUGCAGUUUCAGCAGAUCACAGAGCUGGAUUCAAAUUUCGUUUUUUGUGAUCAAUCAGUGUACGAGAACCCAGUGUUGGAUAUUGGCUACUCCGACAACCAACUGGGUAUGUCAGUGCCGAUGCCGGCAAUAUCAUCGACGUCUUCAGGUUCUCAGGUAGCCGCCGAUAGGAAGCGCAGAUGCUCCGAUGAGAUGAUGGAGAAAACUAUUGACAGGAGGCAGAAGAGAAUGAUCAAGAACCGUGAGUCAGCUGCCAGGUCAAGGGCAAGGAAGCAGGCUUAUACCAACCAGUUGGAGCAUGAAGUGUUUCACCUAAGGAAAACAAAUAGCUUGCUCAAAAAGCAGAAGGAAAUGGAUAUCCUCUUGUCUUCAAAUCCAACUUCCAUGCCCAGAUACCAAUUGCGACGGACCAGCUCGGGCUCCUUCUAGCAUCUUUUAUACAUUGAGAUUUUUUCUAUUUUUUUAUUCUAUUUAUCUUGCUUUAUUCAUUCUGGCCAUCGGCCUAUCAAAUUUUGUUUGGAUUGUUGUGAUUUAGAUGUAAACCUGAUAUGAUCAUAAUUAUUUCGUGUUAUAGUCUAAUAAGGAGUAUAC